AUGCCUUACAAAGUACAGACUGUAUUGGGAGAUAUCGAUCCAAAAUUACUCGGAAGAACACUCACCCACGAGCACAUGGCUAUGGAAUUCUCGCAUUUUUAUCGAGAACCACCAACGUCAGUCUCGGAACAUGUUGGAUCAUUGAUUAAUUUAGAAAAUGUCGGAUAUAUAAGACAGUACCCAUAUAGUAACCAGUACAAUUUAAAUAUGAACGAUAAAGGCGCUAAAGAUGCUGUUGAAAAGGAUGUGCUUAGAUACAAAAAAUGUGGUGGAGGAACCAUAGUGGAAAAUUCUACGGAGGGCUUACAGAGAGAUAUUGGCUUUUAUAAAGAAGUUUCAAGCCGAACUGGUGUUCAUGUUGUAGCUGGUACAGGAUUUUAUAUAGCUGAUGUACAGACUGGAGGUGUAGUUCAUCACUCACAGGAAGAUAUGUAUAAUCAUAUGUCAAAAGAGCUUUUAGAAGGUUGCGAGAGCUUAAACGUAAAAGCUGGGUUUAUCGGGGAAGUAGCAAGUGUUUGGCCUAUACGAGAUUUUGAACGGAAAGCAAUAAUUGCGGCCGGGCAAGUUCAAGAGCAGAUCGGAUGUGGCGUGAGCUUUCAUCCACAUCGCAAUCCUGAUGCACCUUUUGAAAUUAUACGCCUUUAUUUGGAAGCUGGGGGCAGAGCUGAAAAGGCUGUAAUGUCUCAUUUGGACAGAACUUUGCUGGACCCUGAGAAACUUCUAGAAUUUGCCAAACUUGGAACAUAUUGCCAGUAUGAUUUAUUCGGCGUUGAGGUUUCUUUCUACCAAUUAAAUGAAAUGACCGAUAUGCCAUCAGAUGCCCAAAGGAUUCAAAUGAUAAAGCAGUUGGUGGAUAGCGGUUAUGAAGAUAAAAUUCUCAUGUCUCAUGAUAUCCACACUAAACAUAGAUUGACCUCUUAUGGUGGCCAUGGAUACGAUCACAUAAUUACCAACGUGCUACCUAAAAUGAAAAUUAAAGGAUUUUCGCAAACCGUCAUAGAUAAAAUAACCAUAGACAACCCAGCAACAUGGCUGACUAUUUCUACA